UACAAUACCCGAUAUCCAAUAUGCGAUAACAUUAUUGAAUAUAUUUUACGAUUGUUUAAUAUAAUUGUUUGUUUCUUUAAAUGUCAUUUCUUUGAAUUAUUGAUUAUUUUUUUCUCUAUACUCAAUCAUUAACUUUUCCGUUUUGAAAAUUUAAAUUGUAACAAAAAUGAUAGCGCAAAUUUAUCAAUGCUACCAUCCAUUUGAAAAGAAAUCCGAUAACGUAUAUAAUUCCAAUUGCACUUAAUUUUACAUUUUCUUUGUUAAAUUAUAAUUUACAUUGCGUUUCUAUUAAAUUAAAUGUUACAUAAUUUUUGAUUUGUUGUCAUUUGCGCAAUUUAGGCAUGCGACAACAAAAAAAUAAUUGGCAUUACUUCAUAUACAUUGAUACAUAGAUAUCAAAUGUAACCGAUAACUUCAUGACUUCACGUUAAUAUUGGUACUAAUAGCGCGUGUUGUCUUUAGUUAAUAUCUAUUGUUAGUUUUCAAUAUUUAAAAUUCUUACACCACUGCUUAAUGUUCUUACACCACUGCUUUCCAUCUGAGUUUUUUUUAUGAAUGAACAUGAUCUUUUCUGAAUUUUACGCAAAUUAUAAUUUAUAUUGCACUGAAACUUCAGUCUAAUCUGAACUUAUCAAUUUCUUUGAAGAAAAAGAAAAGCAGAGUCUCGGCAGUCAGUGAGUAAUUGAUAUGCGGGAAAGAAUGUUGAGAGAAAGACGAAGAUAAGUAUCAAAACUACAAGCCACUAUUGAUAAUUGCAUUUGUUUGAGCUUUAUGAUACUUCGCAGCGAAUUUAGCAAAAGAAGCGCGAAUUAUUCGAUUGUUAGGUUUACAAUGGAUUUCAAAUAAAUGCUGAUGGUAAAAAGUGUCGUUUUUGUGCCAAAUACGUUUUAUGUCCGGAUAUAUGUACGAUAUUUAUACGUACGUAUAUUUAUACAUGUAUGUAUAGAUAUAGAUUUGAGAAAUCUUGUAUAUUAUAGGAUCCAUGAAAAUAAUACCACUUGGGGAAUUUUGUUCAGAAUUUGAACUUGGCUAUUGUCUACACGAUUCAAGGGCGCUAUAUGCUGCGCCAUCGAGCUCCGCUGUUCUUUAUUUUUCCGGGUCCUUUCUCCCACUGGAUUCGCCCAUAGGAGGCGCUCUCAAUGAUCAGUACGAAGAAGAGCGUACGAGAAGAACGAUGUUGUAACUAACGGCCAAAAUGGAAGAACAAAGUGUUCAUAGCAGUAUCAGUGAUAUAAAUAGUGAAGAGGCAGUUAGAAGUGAGCCUAUGAUUAUUCCACGUAAGAAAAGGAUAUGCUUAAUUGGUGCAGCUGGUGAUGAUCCUGCACUUGGUGCUGCUGCUCAGCAAUUUAGUGUACCUGUUCUAAAAUCUGAAACUGGUUUGGAACAUGUAGAAGAUACGUCGUAUUGUACAUACUUCAUAUUGAAAAAAUUUGAGGGACCUGAAUAUGAUGCUCUUCAUAAAAGUGCACAUAGGAUAUUGGGACCGACAGCGCUUCUGCAGUUGGCAGAAAAGAAGGACUCAUUACCUAGUAUUAAUAGACCAAUGUAUACACAAGCCAUGGUAGGCACAGUAGUGGUGUUUACUGGAUUUAGGAAAAAGGACGAAUUGACCAAAUUGAUCAAUAUGAUUCACAAUAUGGGUGGAAGUAUUAGGAAAGAAAUGGGUGCAAAAGUGACGCAUCUCAUUGCUAAUUGUUGCGGUGGAGAUAAGUACAGGUAUGCUGUUACAUUUCGGGUCCCUAUUAUGUCUAUGGAAUGGGUGACAGCAUUAUGGAACGCCAAAGACGAUAUUUCCAAUUAUGGAAAUAAUGAAGAACUGAUUGCAACUUAUAAGCUAAAACCAUUUUUUGGUGCAAAAGUAUGUUUCUUUGGUUUCCCUGAUGAAGAAAAGCGUCACAUGUGCGAAGUUUUACAACAACAAGGUGGUGAAUCUACAGAAAUUGAUGAUCCAAAUUGUACACAUGUGGUAACAGAUUUAGGAAGUCAUCAGUACAAGAAAUCAAACAAUACUUUUGAUAUGCUACCAUGUACUAAAAAUCCUAAUUACAUUCCCUAUGAUUAUUUAAAAACAAAACCAGUUUCCUUUACAUUUUACAAUCCAUACACUAAUACAAUUCCUAGCAAAAAACUGAUAAAUUCAUCAUGUAUUUCUGAGGCUAAUAAUAUGAAUUUAACCCAAAAAUUAAGUACUAGACGCUCUUCACAUUGUUUUUGUUCUUACGUUCCUCAAUAUUUUGAAUCUAAAGAAAAUCAGUGUACUUAUUCUAUACUAAAUGACGUUAGUCAGGAUUCAGCAAUUUGCAUGGAUGAUAAUUUAUACGAUUAUCGAAGUUUAGAUGAAUCUUGUAAUAUAUCUGAGUUUUCAUGUACUGAUUCUGGUAUUAGUAUGUCUAAUAUAAUACGAACAAAUGAUGUUGUUGAUGAAUCGAAUGUAAAUGCAUUACCAGAUUUAGCUUCUGUCAGAGCACAUAUUGUAAAGGCAGAAUGGUUUUGGACAUCUGUGCAAAAUGAAGGUGCAGCCGACGAAAAGGAAUAUUUAUUUGAAGAUUAUUUGGAAUCCGUUUUAUCGCCAACUAUAUCAGUUAGACGUGAUAGUCAACAAGCUGCCACUCCAAGUACAGCAUCUACAAGACGAAAACGCAAACGCUUAGCAGAAACUUUAUCUAGUCUGGUUCAAAAUGGUGCAGAUUCUCCAGCACUGCAUAAAAGACGAUCAAGUAUCAGUGAUGCAGGACAUUUAAGUGUUAGUGGAAGUUUUCUUGAUUGUACAACAAGUCCAGACAAACCGUUACUCGAUGAUAUUCCAGAAGUGGAGGCUGUUAAUACAGACAACUCUAGAAAAAAUUUAUCACCGCGUCACCAAGUUUUCUUAGAAUUAGUACAAACAGAAUCUAAUUACGUUGGUAUUCUCAGUACAAUUAUGACGCUGUUUAAAUCUCCGUUGGAAGAUCUUAUAGAUACAACUGGUGAAUUAUUAAAUGGUACAGAAGCUAAAAUUAUAUUUGGUAAUUUUCCACCUAUUUAUGAAGUUCAUAAAAAAAUGUUGGAAGAAUUAAGAUAUAGUGCUACUCAUUGGAUGGAGGACAUUAGUAUAGGUAAUAUAUUUCUGAAGUUCGCACCUGACUUAGUCAAGGCGUAUCCACCGUAUGUCAACUUCUUCGAAAAUACAAAGGAGAUGCUCGACCAAUGUGAUCAAAAUAAACCACGAUUUCAUGCUUUUCUGAAGGUUUGUCAAACGAAACCUGAAUGUGGCAGACAAAGUUUAAAGGAGCUAUUAAUUAAACCAGUACAAAGGUUGCCCAAUAUCCUUAAACAUACAAGUAAAAAUAAUCCAGACCAUAGUGCUUUGGAAUUAUCAAUUAGCAGUAUUAAAGAAGUCAUGACCUAUAUAAACGAGGAUAAAAGAAAAACUGAGGGUCAAUUGGUUAUGUUUGACAUUUUUAAUGAAAUUGACAAUUGUCCACCGCAUUUAGUUUCUUCACAUCGAUCCUUUAUUGGCAAAUGUGAUGUGAUGGAACUUAGUGAGGGUUUAAGUGGACGUGGUGAUCAUUUAGUUUUGUUUUUGUUUACUGAUACUCUUGAAAUAUGUAAAAAAAGGUCAAAGGCUUUUAAUUCACUGAAAAGUCCUAACACAGCAAAUGGAUUGCAUACAACUAAGUUAAGUCAAGGAAAACCCUAUAAACAUAUCAGGAUGUUAUCACUUAGUACGAUAAAAAAGGUUGUGGAUAUACGAGAAACAGAUGAAUGCCAUAAAGUGUUCGCUUUAAUGGUGAGAAGUAAUCAAGAGUUAAAAGAAAAAUUGUUUUCAUUUACAAUUACUGAUGAAGAAGUAAAUAAGACAAAUUAUCUACGGACCUUGUGUAGACAAAUGGCUAAUACAGUGUGUAAAGCUGAUGCGGUUUGCAUCUCGUACGCGAAUGAAAGUUGGCAGAGCGUUUAGUUUUAAUAAAACUCCAAGCAAAUUAAAAAGAGCCAUGUCAACAAUGAUGUCACCAUUUGGAUCAACCAACAGUCUUACUCCAGCGAGUCAACAACUUGCACAGAUGCGCCUUGCUAGUUGCAACAAUAUUAAUGAGCUGGGUAAUGGUGGUUCGGGCUCGCCAUCUAGAGAUGAUGUUCUAGUAGCACCUAUGUCGGUUCAACCGACACGAAAGGCCAAAUGCAGUUCCCUCAGUAUGGCUUCAUUGAGAAGGUUGUAAUUAGUAUAUUAGAAAUAAUGCAAUUUUUCUUUUUUGCUAUCAUUGCAUAACCAUGUUUGAUCAACUUUACCCAUUGUUUCUGUGCCUUAAACUCAUCACUUUAUGUUCAUCUUGCUGUUGAAAAACAUUUACAUAUAUAUGUAAUAUUUUUAUACGUCAAUAAUAUAUCGCAUAUUAGUAUAUUUAUAUUUAUACUAAUAUGCGAAAAUAUUUAGUUUCUAAUGAAUAUAAAGACUGGAUUGAAAUUUCUGAUGUUAUAUGUUUAGAAUAACUAAAUGCAAUGCAUGUAAAUGUGUUGUGAAAAUUUUAUCGCUUUAGAAAAAUUUAAACGGAAAUUUAUGAGUAUUUGUUACAAUUUAUAAAAUACUCAUAUUGGUUAAAGCGAGCUUACAAUAAAAUAUAGCACAAUUUGUACAUAUUGCAAAAAUAGUGCUGUAUUUGUAACUAUCUUAAUAUAUGUUUUAACUGCUAGCAUCAGUGCUUGCUAGCAUCAGUGUUUGUAUGUAUAUACGUUUUUGUAGGAGGAAUUUAUUUAAAGUUCAGUUCUUUGUAGUUUGUGUUAUACUAAAAGUUCGCAAAUUUCGUUUUAUAAGCCCAAGAUCAUUCAUAAGUACCUAAUUUUUUUUUUUUAAAGUAUUGUCAAAAUGAUAGUAAUAAUUGUGACUAUUUAGUGCCUGCAACAUUGAUUAAAGAUUAAUAUUUAUAAUAGCUUAAUAUUUGUCUUAAUUAAUGUUAUUUAACAAAAUUAGAUUUUUAUACUCCAAAGCAGUCUUGUUCGCUAUGUUUUCUAAUUUUAUUAUUAGCCAUCAGACAUUUUUUUCAUCAUAUUUCUUCAUCAACUCAGUUAGUAUUUCUAAAAUUUCAUUCAUUGUCAACUCAAUUAGUAUUUUUAAUAUUUCAUUCAUUGUUGAAUAUAAUGUGAAAUACAAAAUUUAAAAUAUAUUUGAUUUUCAAUUGUAAAAUGAGUUGGUGUUUAUCUAAAUUCACGUCAUAGAUAUUUUUAUAAUUUUUUUGACGUUAUUUUAUUUAUCCUCCAGAAAUUGUUCAGAGGAAGUCAUGCAGGACAAAUCCGAACUUUGAAGGGCAUAAAUAAUACACAGCUAUAUCAUACUUUUUCCUUUGGGAUCAGUAAAUGAUUUAUGUCAAAUUGUAAAAUAUAUAAAUGUUAACGUAUGUUAUUGCAAAGGUAUAUCUUUGCAAUAUAAAUAUUGAUCUUCAAAAUUCAAGAAAAUGUCCGUAGAAUUAUAAAAUGUCCGUAGAAAAGUAAAUAAAAAAAAGUAUACUUAUAAACUUCACUAAAUAAAUAAAAAAUUUGUCAUGUGCCAAUAGAAGAAUCAUACAGAAUUUUAUAAGAAAGAUGUAUAUUAUCAAUUAUUUAAGUAGUUUUAUAAUCAUGUAUUAACGGUAUACAUGAUUUAAUACCGUAUUUACCGUUAACAUUUGUGUAUCACAUUUAUAUAAUUAAAAUUUUUGUUUUACAAAGACAAGUGAAAAUAAGAUAAAAUAAGGGAAGAAACAAUAUUUUCAAUGGUAUAAUUACAAAUUUUAUUAUCAUAUAUAUUUUAUUAGAAUUGAAAGUACGAAUAUCAAUUUUGUGCCAUUUAAUUUUAUUCUAUAAAACAUAUUUCGAAUUUAUUUCAGUGCCUAAAGAUAAUUUGUCAUUUUGAAAAUUAAAGAAAUGUAAUGUUAAUCUAUUAUAAUUGACGAUAUAUUUUUUCAUUACAUUUCUUGAAUAUGAAUUACAAUAAUGACUAUGUUGUCUAUGUUGUCUAUGUUGUCUAUUUUAGUUUAUUAUAUAAUUUAAAUUAUUUUCGAAAAUUUGUAAUUGAAUAGGAUUAUAUGAUAUUAUAUCAUUGAAAUCUUAAAAACAACAGCAGUAAAAUUGUAAUGUUUUUAUUAUUCUCUUUUUAAAAACGUAACUGUAUUAUAAUGAAGCUGAAAGAAUGUGAUAAAAAUGUGGUAAAAGAAAAGUAAAAAACGUGUGUGUAUAUAUAAAGCCAUAGUUUAUUGGCAUUACAUUGUUAGAGACCUAUCCAUUCUUGUAAGAUGCUCAACACUGAAUUUUUUCUCGUAAUAAAACUGAAGAUCGCUUACUAUAAUGAUUUGAAAUGAUGAGAAAGUGAUGAGAAAUGAUGAUGAGAAAUGAUCACAUACUUUUCAUGUACCAGUGUUUCUUUAGACAAAUGUAUAAUCAGGAAAGCAUGAUCAGGAAAAGUUUUUUGGUAUUUAUUGGAUCAUGGAUAGGUAUAUCUAGAUAAUGAUACUUUCUUUUCAUCAAUUUACGUUCAUUGUAAUUGCUGAUUUUGUCAAAUUUAUAUUAUGACAUACAAUUAGAUUGCAAAAUGUAUUAUUUCUUGAACUACAUAAAUAUUUACAUUCUUAUCAUAUAUACUAAAUAAAUUUCAAAUAUUAUUUUAAUUAAUCGCACAUGUGAAAUAUUCGUACAAUCAAUUAUAUAUAUUUUCAAGUAUAACAAUCUUCUAUUGUGAUUUGUAUUAAAAGCAUCCAAAAAAGUCUAAUUUUCAAAUAUCACAAGUAUGAUAAUAUAUAAAAAUAUAAAUAAUUGGCUAAAACACAAUAAAGUCACGAUCUUUUAUAUCGCAAUCUUUUAAAAAUAUAGUGAUUGUUCUUAAGAAGCAUAUUCUUAGCAAUAUGGUUUAUUCAUAUUAUAUAAAAAAUAUUUAUAAAUAUUCCAACUGUACGUGUAAUUUAUUAAAUGCAUAAGAUUUAGAAGAUAUUUACUUUAUUGGAUAGCAAAAAAAACAUUUAAUCUUGCCUCGAGUAUCUUUUUAAUCGAUUAUAAAAGAUUUUUUGUUUGUUUAGUUAUUCAAUUACAAAUGAAAGUUGUGGAUAAAAUUCUUUUUGUUCAUGUAUUGCUUUUAUGAUUUUGAAAUAAAAUUUAACUCGAAAUAUCGGUAAUCAGGAGAAGAACUAGUAAAACUUAUUAUUUUUGAUAUGAUACAUAUUUACGAAAAUAUUACGGAAACAUACGUAUUGAAAAUAAAUAAUAAGGUACAAACUAUUUUUGCACAAAAAAUGAUUAUAAGAGACAAAUAUAUAAAUAUAACAAUAUUAUAAUUAUGAAUAUAAGAAUAUAUUUGUAUUUUGUUACAUGUUCAUAUGUGGAAAUGAAAAGAAAUUUCUUGACGAAGUAUAAACUCCAAUUAUACUAAUCUAAUAUUUUUAUCGAUAUAACAACGAAUUGUAUUCCCUGCAAUUUUUCUUCCUUAUUGUUUUUGACGUUCUAAUAAAAGAAGAAACAAUUUAAUUAUAAGAUAAAAAUUGAUCAACGAAAUUUUUUAAUUAUAUGAAAGAUUGCAAGGAAAGUGAACAAAAAGUUAAUUCUUUACUGGGACUUGUUUAACAAGAACACAGUUCUUGCCAUAUUAAUUCUUGCGCAUAAUCUCUGUUUGAAUAACGUGCCUUUGUCUAGAAAUAAUCGUGAAGUACGUCUCUUGAUAUGUGAGAAAAAAAUCAAUUAAUAUUUUUAUAAUUGUCUGUUUUGCACUCGAAGUGCGUUCUCAUAAUUAAUUAUGGAUGCUCUGGUAGCACUUCAUACAAGUUUUAAUUUAUAUUACAUUAAGAUUUUAGCAUCAUUUUAAUUACAUUACAUAAAAGAAGAAAUAUUGAAUUGAUUAAUGCUGUGUAAAAUUUUGUCGAAAAAAAAUUAGGCAGUUCUUACCAUUAUUCAACAUUAUAUGAAGUUUGUUAUAGUUUAUUAAGGACAACAUUUGAUUGUGAUUUGAAUGUCAAAUUAUUAGUAAUAUAAUGUCAUAAAUAUCUGUGGGUUGUGUCAGACAUCCUAUUCUUUUAUAAAUUGUUGGCAUAUCUAAAAAUUUUAAUAUUUUAAAUAUUUCGAUAAUUUAUGGUUGAUUCCACAAAUCAUUUUGGAUCUAAGCAUAUUCUUAGACAAAAAUGGAAGAAAUUCCGCUCGUUUCGGAGCAUUGUAAAUAUUAUUAAUAAGUAUACUGUGUAAGUGUAGCAUAAUGCAGAUAAUGUUUUUUAUUACACGCGUAAAAAUAUUGUAAUACUUGUAAUGUUGCGUAUAGUCGUUACUAUUUAUAUAAUUCUGUAAUUGUAAUUGAUUGUAUAAAUUUACUCUUUAUUAUGUAAACUGAAAAUUAAGAUAUU